UCCUGGCAUCUGGUCUGAGGAUGGCUGAGCAGCAGGGCGGGGAGCCUGAGUGCCCUGUCUGCUGUAACCCCUUCAGCAACACGUUCCACACCCCCAAAGUGCUGGACUGCGGCCACUCCUUCUGCGUGGAAUGCCUGGCCCGCCUCAGCCUGGUGACUCCAGCCCAGCGCCAGUUGCUGUGCCCUCAGUCCACUGUGCUGGCCUUCGGGCAGCCUGUCACUGACUUGCCCACAGAUACUGCCAUGCUCACCCUGCUCCGCCUGGAGCCCCACCACGUCAUCCUGGAAGGCCAUCAGCUCUGUCUCCAGGACCAGCCCAAGAGCUGCUACUUCCUGCGCCAGCUCCAGGUCUACACGCUGGACGUAGGCCCGGAAGAGAUAAGUAACUUACCUGAUACAGAGUUUAGAAUGAUGUUAAAGAUGUUAAAGGGGAGGCCAAGUAUUGGGAGGAUGGAUUUGGCCGCUUGA